AUGAUGGUUAUUGAUGUGCACUUCCACCGUUUCAAAGGGCUGGUUGGUCAAUGCCACCCUUUUUUUGGCCCAAAGUUUAUGCCGUCAGAGCUUCGUGCACCUCUCGAGAAAUAACUAUAUAAGAGGACCUCAAAUCCCUCUCUGAAGUCCAAUCUUCUGUUGUUUUAUCAUCAUCACUACAAACAAGUUCACCUUAUAAACAUUAACACAAUGCAAUUCUCCGCUGUUAUCGCUUCCCUUGCUGCCAUUGCCUCUGCUGCUCAAAUCCAAUUGACUGCUAACGUCAAGUUGACCGACUACACUGGCUUGUCCUCCAUCCACGAGGGUGCUGCUAUCAACUACUUCCAAGUUGGAGGUCAUUCCAAGGAUGGCUUCCCAUUCUUGCAGUUGGCUCCUCAAGAGCAAAACGUCUACUGGUCUGUUGUUGACGGUAAGCUUGUUGGUUACGAUGCUGACUGUCAAGAGGUUACUUUCUACGCUGCUAAGAACGUCAACGACCCAUAUCAAUACUCCAAGGACACCUUUUUCAUUGGUGGUACCAUUGGUGAUAAGAUUGACGCUUACUCUGUCAGACAAGCUGAGUCUUUGCAACCAGUUGAGAUUGAUGUCAAGUACGUUUAAGUCAACUGUUUUCAUCAUCUACUUUUCUAGUUCUUUUGAACUUUUUCACAAAUUUCUCUUAUCCUUAUUUGAUUUCAUAAAUGGCCAUUUGAUAUGAACCCUCACCAUG